CGCAGUUCAUUUUAUUGCGACCUUCGCUCGAUCGUGAGAGCUAUGGCAUCGCACACCGUUGCACGGAAGGAAUGGGACCCUGAAGCUGUUCUGUUCAGGAAAAGAGGUGUCAAGAAUGCUCUUGUUGUCCUGAACCAGCCCCUAGGUGUCCAGAAUACUGCGUUCUUAAAAAAAGUCUGGAGUAGAGCAUCAGUGAAAAUUUGUGUUGAUGGAGGAGCCGACCGCCUCCGCACUGCAAUGGCCACUUGCACUGAAGAGCUGACUCCAGACUAUGUCACUGGAGACUUUGACUCUGUAACAAAGGAGACACUCGAGUACUACAAAUCAAAAGGUAGCAAAGUGAUGCACACGCCAGAUCAAGACCAGACCGACUUCACCAAAGCACUGGCAAUACUUGGAGAGAACACUUGUUUGAAAGUUCCACCCGUCAAGCUGGACUGGGUGCUGGCCAUCUGUGGAAGUUUUGAUCGGGUGGACCACAUGAUGUCUGCCUUUGACACUCUAUACGAGAGCGACAAGUUGUUGGAUGGGACACCCGUCUGCCUUCUCUUGGAAAACUCGCUCACUUGGCUGCUCAGGAAGGGCCAGCAUCGCAUCCUCACACCACCACACCUGACUGGAUCAUGGUGUGGUCUGAUUCCGCUAGGAGCUCCUUGCACCAGUGUCACCACCACUGGGCUCAAAUGGAACCUAGACCACUCAGAGAUGAGCUUUGGCAAGCUGAUCAGCACAUCCAAUGCCUUUGAUGGGUCAGAAGUGGUGACUGUGGAAACCAAUGGGCCUCUCAUCUGGACUAUGGAGUUGCAGAGCCGCUGCAUCACAGACUGAUAUGUCACGUCACAUGCAGUUGCAUUCUCCUGGAGCAGCUGUGCACUUUGGCAUUUUUUUUUAACAGGUUUUAACUGUAUAUACAACUGUUAGGAAACUACCGGUGUUGCGAAGAAUUUAUAUGUAUGGAUAGUUAUUGGCAAAGGUCAUCUUUUUAUAACUUUGUUUAUAGCCAUGUUACAAAAUAAAAAUAGUACAGCUUUUCA